AUGGCUACUCCCCAGCUUCUCACCCUCCUCCUCUUCAUCGCCUCCACGACGGCUUCCCUCCUCCGCCAUUCCACGGCGGAGAACACGCCGGAGAAACCGCACGCCUUCAUCGUACCGGUGGCCAGAGAGAAGAGGCCGUACAACGGAGUCUUCUACUCGGCAGAGAUCGUGAUGGGAACCAAACCGACCGUCUCAGUCAACGUUGUGGUUGACCUCGGAGGAAGGUUCACUUGGUUCGUCUGUUCCAAUGCACAUUACAACUCCUACCGUACAGUCAGCUACAUCUCUCCCAAAUGCAAACUUUUCGAAGACCCUGGAAUGACGAGUAACUGCUACCCGAACGGCACCUGCUCCGAGCCAUUAUGCGGGGUGGACGUGAACCAUCCCUAUAGCGCGAGAAAUUAUCACGUCAGUGUCGUGUCACAGGACGUGAUGAGCUUCAUUUCAACCCCCGACGGCCUUAGACUCGGUCCCCGUCUCGACUCUCCUCAGCUGGUAUUCGCCUGCGCCGAUGACGAGGCCAUCGAGGAGCCUUUCCCGGCAUCGUCUCUCGGAGCGAUCGGUCUGUCCAGGAACGUGUUCUCUCUUCCUAAUCAGCUCACCUCCUCCUUCAAGCUUCCUCGAAAAUUCGCUCUCUGCCUUCCUUCCAAGCCCAAAACGUCAGCCCGAGGUGACCUUUUCAUCGGCGGCGGUCCAUAUUUCUAUCCCCCGUACCAAGGAGACGCUUCCCGUUUGUUCGUGACCGCCCCUUUUGUUCACCAAUCCCCACACCUCUACAUUGCCUUGGGUUAGCCCUCAAAUCUCGAUUUCUUUUGUGUUUUUCGCGAUGGCAUUAAUUGAGACUGAGGUUUUCGCCCCAUUUUCUUGUUGGGUCUUCCUCCAUGUGUAUGAGUUGUUCCAUGUGGGUGAGUUGUUCUACACCUUGCAAGAACAUGGGUGGGGGAGGAAGAUGAGUUGUUUGCACAAUGGAGCAAAUGAUGAUGUUUUUCAUCUAUGUUUAUGAAUUCUUUUAGAGCUUCUCUUCACUAUAAAUAGAGAGCUCUAGGUGCAGAGAAAAACCAUCCCAAACACAAGAGUUCCAAGCAAGAGAAGAAGAAAGAAAGAGAGAGAGGGAGAAAGAGUGAAGAAAACAGUUUGUGCAGUUGUGAUCAAAGGUUCGAUCGGAUACUCAUUUCUUGUCCGAUCGAUCUGCAUUUUGGAGAAGAGCUUCUAAACUCAUUGUUCUAGAUUUUGUCCAGUGGGAUUUUGAUUCUAACGGUCAGAAUCUGAGAAACGGAGUUUCUACCGAAGCUGUUCGUCAUUGGCGUUUCCAGCAGCCCAUGUCCAAGUGAUUUGGAGAUUUGGAUGGUCAUCUCUUCUCCGUUUGAGCUGAAAUUCGGUAUGCUUAUUCUAGACCCUCUGAGCUUUUGAUUUCUACGGAGAAAUUGGAAUUUGGUUGCCGGAACCAUAAGUUACGGGGUUAGCUUGCUGCCUAAGUUACAGCUUGUUCUUUCGGGUUUAUUGAGAUUGAAUAUUGGAUUAAUAUUCGGAAGUGUCGGUUGUAUCUCUUGUCUAUUGGAGAUUGAAGUGUGGACGUUGUAACCCGGAAAUUUGAGAUUAUAGUGGAUUUUUGGGUGGACUACGGUCCCGUGGUUUUUACUCCUCACACCGAGGAGGUUUUCCACGUUAAAUCGAUUGUCUCGUUUAAAUUUCCGUUUUUACUAGAUAUUGUCAUCCUAACGCGCUCACACAAGUAAGGGGUUCUAAUUUACCGAAUCGUGAUUCACGGUAAAAACCCCAACAUUUUUGUACACAUAAGGUUGAUUCUGCGACCUCCAACGACUAUUUCAUCGGCGUGAAAUCAAUCAUGGUAGACGGGAAAACAUUUCCUUUCAAGAAAUCUCUUCUGUCGAUA